GGCUCUCCUUCUCUCUCGCACUCUCUCUGCUCAGUUCACAGUAAUCUCUCUCUCUCUCUCUCUCUCUCUCUCUCUCUCUCUCUCUCUCUCUCUCUCUCUCUCUCUCUCUAGUUGCAGGUUUGAAGAUGAAGAUCAAGAAGGAAAGCUCCAGGCUUGUACAGCCAAUUUACGAAGGUUCCAGCUCCCCUACGGCCAAUGUCUUCAUGCCAUUGAGCCCCUUCGACACCGUGACCUUCGAUGCGCACGUAGGCUUCAUCUACGUCUACAAGCCACCGAACCCACCCAACAAGCUCAUCGAGCUGGGUCUGCGCCGGGUUCUCGCCGAGUACAGGGAGUGGGCCGGCCGUCUCGUCCACGACCGGGAAGGCAACCGCUGCAUUCUCCUCAACGACGCCGGCGUCCGCUUCGUCGAGGCCUCGUCCGACCACCCGCUCGGCCGCAUCGACCAGCCCUCCCCUCACUACCUCCAGCUGCACCCACCUCUAGAGGGCGCGGAGGAGCUGGCCCAGGUGCAGCUCACCAGGUUCUCCUGUGGCUCCCUCGUCCUCGGCCUCACCACCCACCACGUCGUCGCCGACGGCUUCUCCAUCAGCAACUUCCUCGUGUCCUGGGGCAAAGCAACUCGUUCUCUCCCCAUCCGUCCCCUUCCCUUCCGCGAUCGAUCCAUCUUCCUCCCCAGAAACCCUCCAAAGUUUCAGUUCGACCACUGCGGGUGGGAAUACAUGAAAGCCCGCCCUUCACCCGACGUUAAUGGCGGCGCUUCCGCCAUGGACGUAACUGUUGCUCCCAUUGUGGUUCACAAGGCGUACUUUCCUUCUCAGUUUCUGCAGCAGCUUAAGGCCAAGGCCUCGGCUCAUGGCGCCGCGAAACCGUACACUACCUUUGAGAGCCUGACGGCUCAUAUAUGGAGGUUGGUCACCCGGGUUCGCCGGCUCUGUGGGUCGGAGACGACGCAGAUCAGAAUCUCGGUCAAUGGGCGCACCAGGAUGAGCAACCCCAAGGCGCCGAUGGACUACUUCGGCAACCUGGUGCUGUGGGCGUUCCCUAGGUCCAAGGCGGCCGACCUGUUGAACCAGCCGCUGAGCCACGCCGCUAGGCUCAUACAUGACGCCAUUGCGGGCGUCAACAACGACUAUUUCAGGUCCUUCAUUGACUACUCGAGCUCGAAGACGAAGAUGCAGGGGCUGGUGCCGACUGCAGACAUGAACAAGAAGGUGCUGUGCCCGAACUUGGAGGUAGAUAGCUGGCUGAGGUUCCCUUUCUACGACGUGGAUUUUGGAGGGGGAUGCCCUUACGUCUUCACUCCUUCUUACUUCCCUGAGGAAGGGAUGAUCUUCAUCGUGCCAUCGAUCAUGGGGAACGGAGAUAUCGAUGCCUUCGUUCCGCUGUUUCAAGAAGAUGUAGAUGGCUUUCGAAGAAUAUGUUAUUCGUUAGACUAAACAAAGUAUAUGUUUGUUACAAAGCUAGUUUUCUAUGUCAAAAUAAAUAACGAUUUUGUAACGAGGACGCGUGCUCUGUAAGUAGGCACAAUUUUGAAGUGCAACUUGCUGGUGCAUUGUAUUUCUUUAUGAAGUCAAUAAGCGUGAGUUGAU